AUGGCUAAAUACGAAACUGUCAAAUUAGCCACCGGUGCUGAUUUACCGCUUUUUGGUUUGGGUACGUGGUUGUCCACCGAUCCGGCAGCUUUAACAACAGCAGUGAAAACAGCUCUGGAUGCUGGAUAUCCGUUAAUCGACACUGCUUACGUUUACCGUAAUGAAGCUGUCAUUGGGAAAGUAUUGCAAGAAUAUUUCGCUUCUGGUAAAUUGAAACGAAAAGAUAUCUUUAUCACAACAAAACUACCAUUAAUGGUGCACAGACCGGAUGAGAUCGAAGCGUUGGUGAAAAAACAGCUGGAACAUUUGCACGUGGAUUACUUUGAUCUGUACCUUGUCCAUUGUCCAUGUCCAUGCAAACAUCGGCCUGGAGAUAUGCCGGAUAACUACAAACUGCUAUUGGAGGAUGGACGUGUAGUUCCGGAGCUGAUUGACCAUAUCGAAACCUGGAGUGUUCUGGAAAAGUUGUAUAGAGCAGGAAUACUGAAAGCUAUUGGAUUAUCUAACUUCAAUGAGAAACAAAUACAAUAUGUUCUCGACCAUGCAACUGUGAAACCACAUAAUUUACAGGUCGAGGCGCAUCUUUAUUGGCCGCAAAAAGAACUUCAUGAAUUCUGCAAAAAGAACAAUAUCACGAUGACAAGCUAUGCGACACUUGGAUCACCGGGAAGAAUAGCUUUUAAUCCCGACUUUAGCUGGCCCACUGGUGAACCCAUGAAGGAUCCUUUGGUUUUACAACUGGCCGAGAAGUAUAAGAAAUCACCAGCUCAGGUUGUUUUGCGUCAUAUGACACAACGCGGUAUUUCUACCAUUCCGAAAAGUAUCAAUCCAGAUAGAAUACUUGAAAAUUUUAACAUUUUCGAUUUUAAGUUAACAGAAGAAGAAAUCAAGCAACUGGAUGGCGUGAAGACACGUGUUCGUCUUUUUCUUUUUGAUUUGCUUUUCGAUCAUCCCUGGUAUCCAUUUAACGAUGUCGACUUAACAAAGAUGAAACGCGUAAAUCUCAAGGACUGA